GGACCAAGCCGAACAUGGUUUGAGGUGAAACGUGAGGCUGCUUCGCGUUGUCUCGCAGAUAUCGAUUGGUCCCGGCGCGGGCUCGGAUCGCGCGUCAUGCGAUGAUCAUGAGCGGCAUGUCUCUGUGCCACGACGACGACGAAACUUAGAUCGUGAUCGCAUUGCGUGAGAUCUAGCGCGAAGGUAAGCGGUAGCGGCGUCAUCCGCUUGACCUCCCGUGUUCAGCUUCAACGCGAACAUCACCGUUUUUAUCAACGUUUUCUGAACUGUCACGCGAAUCUAUCUGUCUCUCUUCACCGGAUGCUGCUCCGAACUGUUGUCCUUCGACUGAGCUGUCAUCAUACAUUUCACAUUAAGUUCGAGUAUUUUACACUCCUCAAGAUUAUCGACAGUGUUGUUUUAGAGUAUUCCUACAGUAUCUUGCUCAUAAUGGACCAUAUGAUAAGUACAACUGGAUAUAUGAAGAUCAUGAGGCGGUCAUGUAUUACCUCUAUUUUUCAGGGGAUGAUGUGGAAAUACCAAAAAUUCUGGCAGCUGUAGAUUCCAGUGUACAACUAAAACAAAAAGAUUCUGAGAUGGACUCUCCACCAUCAUGUUCGUUAAGUGCUGGGCCUCUUAGUGAUCUUGGUAGCAGUGGCCUAGGAGGUUCAAUUUCUAGUGAUUCUGUUAGAGCACAUCUUAUAAUGGAGAUGCAGGAGAGCGACAUAGAGAGCAAGUCCCUAUCGCAAGAUUCUUUUGAUUACUCAGAUGGCAUGUGUGGUGAGAACUUCAAUACAUUGAAAAAAGGCCCAGGUUGGAACGAUGUGGAUGGCAAGCUAGAAGUUGAGGUAGUUGAUGUGGCGAUCAAGCCACCACCGGAAUUUCAGGAUAGUCCAUCCCCGCCAGACUCAGAGUCCUUAUCGGCACCAAUUCUGAGUUAUGCACGGCUGAUGAGGCAAAUACCAUGCUGGAUGGAUGAUUAUGCAGAAAGCUUAGUACAGUCAGUAGUAGAAGAGUCACUGGCUAUUUCAUGUCGUAUCUCCUGGCCUGAGGGUAGGAUCGCGCCGACUACAAACACGAUACCGACGGUAAUACGAGUGCAGCAAUCCAAUCCUAAGCGUAUGUGGGACUUGAUGGCACCCCCGGUGUGUCAAGGUGCCGCCACCAUCACUAUCACUCCUUAUAACACACUGAAUCGACCAAAUUCGCGCUGCUCUUUAGCCUCCUCUAGACUGUCCAGUUCACAUAACUCCAUCAACACCACCGGACUUGGUCAUAAGGCCGACGAUAGCAGCUUCAUUACGUCUGCGAUGUCGCAUGAUGUACUCACUACCAGCGAAAUCAGUGACAUGUACAAUGUGCCGUUCGACUCAGACAUCUAUACGGUGCCGAUUGACGUGGUGCGACCACUGCAUGAUCUGCGGACACCACAACGGCCUAAGCGUCAUCGUCAUCAUCGUAAGAGACGACGAAACGUGUCCGCGAGUUCACAAAGUGAACUGGAAGCUCAUAUCCAACAAGCUCGUCAUUACUGUGGUAAAUCCCGGGCCAUCACGCAUGUUAUUAAAUCACAACGUUUGUUGGCUGAGGUUUGCUGCAAUGAUGGCAAUAUCAAUACUGGAAUUGGCAGCAGCAGUGGUGGUGCCGGUGGUGAUGGUGAUGAUGGUGGUGCUGGUGGUGGCGAUGGUGGUGGUGGUGGUGAUGGUGAUGGUGAUGGUGAUGGUGAUGGUGAUGGUAAUGUUGGUGCUGGGGGUGGUAGUAGUAAUGGUAAUGGCGGCAGUGGUGGUUGUGGUGGUGCUGGUAUUGGUGGUAGCAGCAGUGGUGGUGGCAAACGACAUAGUGUGCCUGGCACUUCUGGUCGUCAUGCUGUCAGGACAUCAAAUGGACAUGUGCACAAUAUCGGCGAACCGAUCCACAUGACGCUGCACGAGGUGCGACAGUACUUGCAAACGUUAUAUUCGAGCUCCAGCGAUUCAAGUGAGAACAAGAUAAAACGGGAUAAAGCACCGUUGCUCGGCCAUACGCCGGUGCAUCUCGCCGCAACACCCAAGGUCCUCAGUAUAAAUAACAAUAAUAGGUAUAGCAGUAACGCGCACACAGACUCGUCUACGGACACGCCAGUAUCCAAUAAAAGUACCAGCAACGGACUGAUGAUCCACAACCACAAUAACAACAAUAACAAUAACAAUAACAACAACAACCAUAAUAAUAAUAAUGGUAACAACGUCAAAAAGCAUAAGAGGAAUGCUUUCGUUGGCAUCAGGCACAAGAAAGCACGUGACGAAUCGCACAAGGAGAAGAGCGAGUCUGAGCGUGAGAAGAUCAAGAAAAGUCAACGCAAUUUCUCUUUGAAUCUCAAGCAGACGCUGUGCAAUAUAUUUCGAUUUCGUCGGCUAGGAUCGCCGGACCAUUUCGUGGAAAAACGCAACAGUAUCGUGCAAGGAGAGAUCGUCGAGGAAGAAGAAGCGAGUGUCGAUUUUGACCAACAUGCGAUCAAUAAUAACAAUACCGCGUCUGAGACGGAACCAUCCGCACAGAAGUUGCCGUUCUUUAAACGCGCGCUGCCUCCCCUGCCUAAGAGCAUUAAUGGCCAAGUAAGCGUAGAACAGGCAGAGGAAGCUCUCACGGCGAUGGUGCCUAAGUGCGAAUCCCCGAGCUCAGUGCAGCAAGUCCCAGUGCAGCAAGCUGCGCGACUCGAGGAAGAUGUUGCAGAGGACACGAGUAUGGAUUUUGCCGCCAGCAUUGAAAAAGUGAAGGAUUACGGGUGGUACUGGGGACCUAUAUCUGGUGAAGCGGCGGAGAAGAUAUUAUCUAAUGAGCCGGACGGCUCGUUUAUCGUACGGGAUAGUAGCGACGAUCACUAUAUAUUCUCUUUGUCGUUCAGACUCAACAGUUGCGUGCGUCAUGUCAGGAUAGAGCAUGAUCAGGGUAAUUUCAGCUUUGGCAGUUGCACAAAGUUUAAGUCGCACACUAUUGUCGACUUCAUCGAGAACGCGGUCGAACAUUCACGUAGCGGUCGCUAUCUCUUUUUCCUGCAUCGACGACCGGUAUUAGGACCGAUGAGAGUGCAACUGCUCCAUCCAGUGUCGCGAUUCAAACAGGUUCAGAGUCUGCAGCACACGUGCAGAUUCGUUAUCCUGAAGAUGGUGCGUAGGGACUUGAUACCGACUUUACCGCUGCCGCGCCGGCUCAUUGACUAUCUCAGCACGCCCCAUUACUAUAGCGAGCAAUUGGCAACCGAGCAAGACGAUCGGGCUGAGUCGCCCGUCAGCUCGUCGACCGGCGAACUGGAGAAGAUCUGCUUCACGCCACAGGGCCUGUCGUGAGGUACAGCUGCGCGACUUUUCCCUCUUACUCCUCUUCCGCCCCGUCCUCUGUGCAAAGAGAUAUUCGUACCGAAUGUCGCCCACGGCGUUAACAGAAAUUUAAUUCACUGUUUAAUUGAAUUCUUCACAGUAUGUAUAGACAUUUUUAUCGCGACUUGAUUGAGUUUCUACUGACGCGCAAGAGAUUAGCAUUUAAGUCCCUUGCCCGGAAUCUUGUCUGACGUGAAUUUUUCAUUUGUCGUAGAUCGAUAUGUCACCAGAGACACACGCAUAUACAUAUAUUUUAAUUUAAUUCACGGCUUAAUUAAUAUUUUGCUUGCGCAUAAAUAUUUAUUAUUUUGUUACUCGAUUGAGUUUGCGUUUGUCAACGUGUAAAAGUUUAAUGGCUUUAUCAAAAUUUUGUUGAUCCACUAGAAUUUAAUUCGCUAUUGAAUUAAUUAUUUAAUUGGACCCCGGUUAACAUAAUUCUUUUGGCGAUUUAAAUUAUCAAAUUAUAUUUUCAUGCGUGAAAAUAUAAUUCACGAUCGAAUGAAAUUUUCGCUUAUAUGCCGAAAUUCAACUUUUGCGGCUCAAUUAAAUUUUUGUUAUCGUCGACCUUAAUAAUGUGGCGUAAGGUAACGAUUAUACGCCUGUGAUUUUGAUUAUUUUGGCGGCGUAUCGAUUCGUAAAGUGAGUAUUGUGAUUAAACUUGAAAGUAGAGGAACUUAGGAGAAUUUCCGUGUGCACCGUAUACCUAGAGCUGCAAAUUAUAGUCGUUUUCAGUUGCUUGAUUUUUUUUUAUUAUCAAGAGAAAAAGAUAGAUUUCACACAAUUUGAUCACACAAUUUUGACACAAUUUGCGAUAUUGCAUGUCCAUCCACUUUAUGCGCAUCGCAACGUUAAUAUUCGUCGUGCAAAAAACUGCGAUAUUAGUGUUUUUUUUUCUUCGCGAUGGUAAUUGCAAAAUUGUUAAAAUAUAUUAUUUCGUAUGGAAAACAUUUUUAUACAAAUGUUACUUUUACUUGAGAAAAAACAAAAUAUCAGUUACUUGACGUUUCUUAUGAAUUUCAUAUCUCUUUUAAAUAUUGGUUGUGAUACAUUAUUUUUGCUUAAAUUUAUCGUUUCUUUUUUUUUUUUGUUUUUCGCGAUCAACAAACAUGAUUUUGUGCGGUUUGUAUUGCAGCUAUACAUGGAAUUAUAGGGAAUUGUUUUCGCAAAAAAAUAGACAAUUAACCGAAGCGGUUAAAUAGAAAUAGAGAUUUAUCGAUAAAAUCGUUUCUUACUCUCGCAUCCAAUUACUCAUUUGACAAUAGUAUUUCCGUUGGCAUUGAUUUUCAUAAUGCAAUUUUAAAGACGGUGAAACAGAAAAAUACUCACUGAACUAAGCGCAAAACAAAUUCUAUAUAGCCCUUCUAGUUCAGUUCUUUUCUGUCGACUUUACGAAUGACAAGAUUACAUGAAUGAUUUUAUGAAUGAAUAGAGAGAGAGAGGGAGAGGGAGAGGGAGAGAGAGAGAGAGAGAGAGAGAGAGAGAGAGAGAGAGAGAGAGAGAGAGAGCGUGUGCGUGUGCGUGUAAAAGUACAUAUAUAAAUAUACAAAUAUACACAUAUAGAAACACAGAUGGUCGGAUGAAGAAAAAAGUGAAAAAAGAAGAAUUCAGCGUGUCAUAUUUGCAUUUUUGUCGAAGCUUCUGUGGAUUAACUGUGUUCGGGAUUCAGUUAGAGGAAUUAUAUUCUGCGUCUGUUUAUCAUAGUCGAACUUUCAGCUAGACUCAAAAAAUAGUGUCCAUUUAUAAUUCAGGACAAAUUCAAAGUCAAAUUAGUUGAUUCAGACUAACUUCUAGGUGAUUAAUUCAACAAACAGAAUGAACCUAGGACAACUUAAAUUGCAUUUCGGAUUAUUCUCAGAAUCUUUUACGAAUCGAUCACGCGAAACCAGCGGAAGUUAUCUCGGCUAUAAUAGCUCUUACAAGUAUAUAAAUAACCAAAGGGACUUUUGGCAAUAUGUAAAGGGUAGCUAAUAUCGUAAUGUGUGACUCGAUUGCGUCGUGUUAAUUUCUCGUUCGUUUAAGUAGCCAGUUUUUUUUUUCUUUAAACUGAUUAACGUUUAGUUGACGGAACUCUUAGUGCAAAACAUUAGUAUCUGGUGCUAUGCGGAAUAGUGCGGAAUCAUUAUAAUCUUCAUUUCGCACAGUUAGAGUAAAUCGCGCGUUCAUCUUUGUACUCAUAUAAGUUUGUGACGCAGCGCCGUACAAUAACACUUGGAAAUUGAUCGGAUUCGUAGAAGGCAAUGCAGAAGUUUGUUAAUUUAUUUUUAUACUUUUCUCGCGUAAUUUGUUACUUUUCGACAUCGUAAUUUCAUUGUGUAAAAUGUUACAUUGUUACGUACUUCUGAAAAUUGUAAAUGAGUAACGACAUUUCUAAGCUUCUCAGAAGGUAGAGACUUAUUCCGACCAAUUUUCAUCUUUCGAUGUUCCCUAGAGCUUAAACAACUUGGCAUUAGUAUCGCGAUAGAUCUUCCAAAGGAAAACUUCCUGUCGUAUUCUGUAACCGAAUAUCGUGAGGACACAUUUAUUCGUAUGUGGACCCCUUGAUUUUCUCUUUUUCGUUGUUGCAUUCUUCUCCUAACAUAACAUCAUCAGAAGUAAUUCGUUGAUUGAUUUAUUACCUCAAGGAGGUACAAGGCGGAUGUGGUUUGAGUUAUUUCUCUCACGAAGUGUGUCGCUUGAAAAAUUCUGUUUUUUGCGCUUUAAUAAAUUGAAGAACAUACACACGAGCAUGUGUACGAGCAUAUACACGAGCACAAAUCCAUACAUACAUAACAAGACACACGUAACACACGCAAUACGAAUAAAUUUUGUACCCAGUACCCACUUGGUAGAUUUUGCAAUACGAUUACUAUUAAUAUUAACGAGGACGUCCAAUGUGUGUGGACUAGACGAAUCCUGUGCGAGGAUUCGCGAGAUGUGCGUAUAGUUAACGAUUAAUAACGGCACCACAAAACCUCACAGUCACAGAGGGAGGUAUACGUAUAUAGAGCAGAAUUAGUAAGAUUUUAUAACGAGCGUAUUUACGUCGGCAUAAAUUGCACACGACACACUAACAUACAUCCAGAACACAUACAUGCACAACACGCGUCUUCGCUUGCGAGGAAGUUGUAGUUGUUAAGAGAACGCGAGCAUUUUAUUUAGUGAAAUUAUGUUUUAAGGGUCAGUUGCAUUAACAGGCUCAGUUAACCGAUCAACGACAAUCGAUAUCGCGAUCACAUUUAAUUCUAAACUGUAGCAGUGAGCGAGACAAGACUCUUGAUUAACCGCGUGUUCGUAUUAUUUAACUUUAACUAAUUUUAGUUGACAAUUGUAACAUAGUAGAGUUUACGAAUUAAUUUAUGUGAAAUCAACUUUAAUUAAUCGAAAGAUCUUGGCUUAGCCUUAUUGAUCUUUUGACUUAAUUGAUUGACAUCGAGCUAAUCCGAAUUAAUUUCAAGCGUGAUUAGCGCUUGAUGUUAGUGCAAUCAUCCCUGGAGAUUAGUUGUACCUUAAUUAAUUAAUUCUUUUUCUUUCUCGAGAGGGAAGAGGUCAUAGUUUUAGCCGAAAAUAUAUAUAAAUAUAGAUAAGACAAAAAUUUAUUUAACCGCAGUUAGUAUUAAUCAAUGUUUUCGUUAGCCACAGUUGAUGCAACCGGCUCUAAAAAUUAAUUAUAAAAAAACAGCGUUCCGCGCCAAGCGGGAGACCUUUGAAGGCUGCAGUGUGCCCGAAAAGCUAUCGCGACUAUAUAUAUACCAUCGCAUAAGAACGCGCAUUUUUUAUUUCAAUAAUUGAAGCGUGACGUUUAAUCCUUAGACUGCGAGUCGCUUGAAAAUAAAACUAUUGCUGUGUGAGCGACAUAGAGCUAGUGCUAACAAUCACGAUGCGACACAUUCACAUGUAACAGGCAGCGUUCAUAGUCGCUGUGUUUGGACAUUUACGCGUUGGUAGCGUCUUAUCUUUAUUGUUAAUUACAUGCCGAAGGAAAAUAAAACGACGCUGUUAGCACGAAAGCUACAUUGAUAAUAAAUAAAGAUGCCUAAAGACACUGUCUCCUAGUAAGCUGCAUACUGGAAUUGGCUUUUUCAAGGAGACAGAUAGAUGCUGAUAAAAUUGAUAUCUUUGUCAACAACACGUCUUAUUAAAAAUGUCGGAAGAGCGUGACUGACAAAGAUAGAUAAUUUAAUCUUCAUCUAUUCAUUACAGAUUUGACUUUUGAAUUGGAACGGAGUACAUACAGAACUGUUAAUAAUUAUAUGAAGAAUACCUUUAAGCGCUGUCCGCACUGUAAAGAUUAAACGAAAUUUCAACAAUCGAGAUUAGACGUACAUAUUGAACGAUGUAAAACGAUAAAAAUGGUCGUGUUUAGCGCCAAAUGCAAGCACGCUCGCAGCCUGAGCGAGGUUCGUCCAGGUAGCUCAACAAGUCCCUGUCUUCGAUCGUCGAUUGCGUGAAUUAGGUGACGGGAGGUGUACGUGUCAAAUGUUUUUGUAUAUUUGUAACACUUUCGACGUCGGCGCCGCGAAGGAGCGAUUGCCUUUGAAUGUACACUUCUUCUAGCGAAAUGUGAUAUUACUGAUAAAGCGGAUGGUCACGAUUAGAUCGCCGUUUCGCGUCGAGCGAAUGCUGGAAACAUUUAGACGAAUCGAGCGUUCACACGCAGGAUGUCCCGCAACAAGCUAUCGGAUGUACGAUGCAAGCUUCGAAGCACGAUACUUCGCGGGAUAGUCUGCCCUACAGAACGUAUCUUUCCGGCCUUGGUUGUGAAAAACGUGGUAGAUUCGUUCGGUGAUCCUCGAUCGAGCUUGAUCGUUUGGCGCGGAACGUAGGAUGUAUCCUCUCGUGUAUGCCAAAAUAUGCAGCUGUACCCGGAGUACAGCAUCUUCCUUGUAUUUCUUGUUCGGUGUUAAAUAUGUAAUGUUGUGUACAAAAGCUCUUACACGAUCAUUGGUUACGUAAGUUAUAUAUACUUAGGCAGAUUCGUAAUUCGGCAGAGGAAUUCUUUAGCAUAUAUGGGGAGGGUAAAAAAAAGGGAUCAAGAAGAUUUUGUAAGAUAUUGAAGAAAUGUACAAGAUGUUGUACUUCGGCAGUAUGAAACAGGUACAUUAAAAUCUUAUUGUUUUACAUACAAUUGUCGAAUGCUAGUCACAAAUAUUGCAUUUUUCAGUUGGAAUUCAGUAUUGUUUACUAAUAAAAUAUCAAUUCACGUGCGAAGUCUUUGUGUUUAUUCUUGCUGACGUUUAAAUCCAAGUAAAAAAGAGAAGGAAAAUUUAAGAGAGAAAACGAAUUGCGAAGGUCCAAUUACAAGAAAUAAGCGAGUACAGUUUUUAAAGUAUCCAAUAAAAGCAAUCUUGUAAAUUUACGGUCAAACAUCCAGGCUUUGAUUUUUAUUUGUUGUUAUCGUAUGACUGGAUUGUGAACAAUACACAUAUUUGACACGAGAUACAUAAUAAAGAAUCGAUUUUUUUCAAAACGUAGACUCGUCCGAUUCUUGAAGUCAGACCUGCAAUUCGACUACGGAGAUAACUUAUUGUAUACGACAAGGUGUACUAAUUUAUUUAUUCUAGUCUAAUGUACAGGAUGUUUCGCAUAAGGCUACUCGGAACCGUGUGUAUGCAUGUGUUUAUUAAAAAAACAUUGAGGAUACAGAAAAUAGUUAAAGAAAAAAAAGAAAUUAAUAAAAAGAUUUUGUUUUUAACACGAUCGUCUUUGGAAUUAAAAAAAAUAAGUUCUUUUCCGAAAGAAAUUGUUCGACGCUAUUUGGACCGAGACACCUUAAAUGAGACACCUUGUAUCUUCGUCACCAAGUUCGAUUGUUAUCAGAGUGGGAUGUGCAGGAUUAGGCGUCUUCUGCGGAUUUUUUAAUUUUGUAAAUACAAUACGAUAUAUAUAAAUAAAUAUACAUACGUUCCGGAAUUUUUAUUAGCGUGUCGACUAUCUCUCAAUUGGCACACUCGCAUAAUUCCAUAGAAAUAAAAAUAGAAUAACUGAUUGUGAAAACGCGCGAUUCCGUUUGGCCGUGUGACCGAUAAAGUUAUUAAUUUUCUGAAGUGUUUUCAGAGUGAAAGAAUCCACUGUUCCGCUUGUUUCCAUGUUUCCGCGAACGCCUUUUGUAAAAUAUCAAAUGUAUUUACUUACAAUCUAUAUCUGCAGAUAUUUGAAUUAAAAAUAUCCAAAAGAAUCUAUCAGUUAAUAAUGCGUUAAGUUUAUACCGAUGUACGCUUUUACACGCGAAUAACGUAACACCAUCUGCGAAUGUGAUAAUUACUUUAACAUCGCUGUAGGGUAAUUCGUGGGAUCAUUUUAUAAUUUUAAGUGCCAACACUCAAUCACGUUAAUCACGCACCCGAGAGCACGAGAAGCGAAUCCUGUCCUUCGUUAUAGGUUCGUCACAGUGGAAUGGUAUACGUGAGCGUAUGAAGUAAUCGCGUAUGUAUUUGAUUACCCAUGUUUGUACUACAAUGUUGAAAAUAAAACACAUUUUUUGAGAUUCA